UGCAAAGGAAGUGAAGUGCCUGAAAUCGAGUCUCGCCAAAACAGAAAGAACCGGAUACUGUCGCUUGGCAGAAGUUACACCUCAGUUACAGCCAUUAAACUGACACAAAGCGAAAACAUAAAGAGAUUCUUUUCCUUACUGGAGAGCUGAAGUGUCCGUCGUCAUGGUGAAGAAUGUUCCGGAAGGUGAAGAAGCGUCACAGCAGCAGCAGCUCACAGAGCAGUGAGAUCAGCACCAAGAGCAAGUCUGUAGACUCCAGUUUGGGUGGCCUGUCCAGGUCCAGCACGGUUGCCAGUCUUGACACAGACUCAACGAAGAGCUCAGGCAACAGCACCUUGGACACAUGUGCCGAGUUCAAGGUGAAGUAUUUGGGGUCCAUAGAGAAGCUGCCGUUCGAGAUGUGCAAGUCACUGCUGGAGCCCCCAGACUUGAUUAGCUAUAUAGACACUGCACAGCAAGAAGGAAAGCUGCCGUUCGUGGCUGCAGAUCAGGAGCUGGUCCUCGCGGUGUCCAAGUAUGGAAUCAGAGUGGCUUCCUCCGACCAGUGUGAGGUGCUGCAUAGGCACCCUCUCUACCUAGUGGUCCGCAUGCUGUGCUAUGAAGACGGGCUGGGAGCCGGCAGGAACCUGCUGGCGUUGAAGACCACCAACCCCGAGCAGCAGGACUGCAGUAUCUGGGUGUACCAGUGCAGCAACUCCGAGCAAGCACAAGCCAUCUGCAAGGUGCUGUCUGCAGCCUUCGACUCUGUGCUGGCGACAGACGCCAAGUCCUGAGGCCAGCUUGGCGGAGAUUCUGCUGUGAGCCAGGCCGGUACCCAGCAUGCAAUGCACCACUGCCAUCAGCUGAGCCAUGUGGGGGGGGGGGGGG